AUGGGGUGGUGGAGGGCGCUGCUCCUCCUCUGCGCCGCCCUGGCGCCCCUCUGCGCCGCCCUGGACAACGGCCUGGGCCUACGGCCGGCCAUGGGCUUCAACACGUGGAACGCCUUCCGCACCAACAUUGACGAGAAGUCAAUCAGGGCCACAGCCGACCUCAUAGUGUCGAUGGGCCUGCGCGACGCAGGCUACGUCUACCUGAAUCUGGACGACGGCUGGUCGGAGCGCAACCGCACGGCCGACGGCCGCCUGGCUGCCAACAAGGCGCGGUUCCCCUCCGGCAUCAAGGCGCUGGCGGACUACGUGCACGGCAAAGGCCUCAAGUUCGGCAUCUAUGGUGACGCGGGCAGCAUGACGUGCGCCAAGUACCCGGGGUCGCUCGGCUAUGAGGAGGUGGAUGCCCAGACCUUUGCAGAGUGGGGCGUGGACUACCUUAAGUACGACAACUGCUACGCAAAGCAGGAGCAGUGGGUGAUUGACCGCUACGCCGCCAUGCGCGACGCGCUCAACGCCACCGGCCGCCCCAUCCUCUACUCGCUCUGCGACUGGGGCGUGGCUGACCCAUGGCUGUGGGCGUCAGAGAUUGGCAACAGCUGGAGGACCACUGAGGACAUAGAGCCCAGGUGGGAGAGCAUCCUGAAGAUCCUGGAUUACAACACGGGGCUGGCGCGCUUCGCCCGCAAGGGCGCCUGGAACGACCCAGACAUGCUGGAAGUGGGCAACGGGCAGCUGACGUCGGGCGAGCAGCGCGCGCACUUCAGCCUGUGGGCGCUGAUGAAGGCACCGCUGCUGAUCGGCGCCGACCUGCGCACGAUCCACCCCGACAGCCUGGCCAUCCUCAAGGCCCGAGAGGUCAUUGCCGUCAACCAGGACGACCUGGGGGUGGCGGGCGAUCUGAUCUGGAUGCAGGGCGCCAACCGGGUGUACGCCGUGCCGCUGGCCGGUGGCGGCCGCGCCGUCGUCUUCCUCAACCUGCACACCACGGGGGGGCAGUACCUGACCAGCAACAUCACAGUCUACUGGGGCCAGCUGGGGCUGCCGGCGGGGCGGUCGGCACUCGUGCGCGACCUGUUUGCUGAGCAGGACCUGGGGGAGCACACCGGGUCCUUCACAGCGGCAGUGCAGGCACAUGAUGUGGUGGUGGUGCGCAUCAUGCCGGUGGGAGGCGUGCAGGGUGACACCUGGCGGCCCUGGCACUCCCAGCCCAUCUACGAGGCAAACGGCGGGGAGCGGACUGCGCGGCAGGCCGGGGCGCGGGCAGGCGCCGGCGCCCUUGCUGCGGGGCGCAGGAUGGGCCCUGCCGACCGCCAGCACGCCAUGUUUGGCGACGCCGCCUGA